AUGACCACUGGUUCUGUACGCGAUGUGGAUUUCGGUGCGCUCAUCACGGUAGUCGUUCAUCAGCCUGGUAGAAAAUAUGAGACUGAAGAGAGCUGGGGCGAGCACGCAGCCCUGCCUCACUCCGCGGUCUACUGUAAAUGCUUCCGAGACGAUCCCCUUGUCCGCGACGCGCGCCAUCAUCCCGUCAUGGAGCUGAAGCGCCAGGUGCGUCAAAAGUUCAGGACAGCCGAAUUUCUGCAUUAUUUUCCAUAGUCCCUCACGAUUCAUCGUAUCAAAGGCCUUCGUCAAAUCCACGAAUGUAGCGCAGAAAUGGGUCCGCAUUUCCUGAAACUUCUACUGCAGCUGACAGACGGUGAAGAUCAGGCCAGUGGUUCCACGGCGACAUUGAAAGCCACACUGACUUUCCGAGAGAAGUCCUUGUUCGAGAUGACCAUUAAGAUGCGAAGGAAUGCGAGGGAAGAUCGUUCCGGCGAUGUUGGGAGGAGAGAUUCCUCUCUGGUAACAACAAAGUUGCCGGUUACCUUUCGGCUUGUAGAGACGAAUGAUUAUAGCGUCCUUGAAGUCCUGGGAAACUUAUUCUCGACGCCGCAUCUUCUGAAAUGGCGUGUUGAGUUGAUCCAUGAACUGGGGCCACCGCGCGCGUAG